AGAGACCGGUUUAAUUAAAUAUUCAACAGUAGUUGACGACGCCUCCUAAUGGGAACUUGCGAGAGCCUCGAAACUUUAACUACAGUAGCUACCGGCAGAUCUGGAAUAUAUAAAAUUUAGCAGGUGAGGUUGGUUGAAAUCGAUAAGAUUAUUUAUUGUUUAUUAUAAUUAGCGAUGGAUAAUUCGGAGCGCGAUGGAGAGGCUGCAGCUCCAAGUAGUUCAUCGGCUUCACCUCCUUCCUCUUUUAAGUUGUUUAACCGAAAAGGUUCUGUUCACCAAUUCAUGGGAGGCGGCAAAAUUGCAGAUAUACUCUUGUGGAAGCGGCGGCGUGUUUCUUUUGGUGUUAUUGUUGUUGCGACUGUUGCGUGGCUGAUAUUUGAGCGAUCUGGAUUACCGUCAUUGUCUAUUUGUUCAGAUGUUUUGCUGUUGUUGAUUGUAGUGCUGUUUGUUCGUGCCAACUUUGCUGCUUAUAGAGGCAGACAGCUACAGACAUUACCAGAGUUAGUAUUGUCAGAGGAAAUGGUUAAUAAUGCUGCAGCAUCAUUUCGUGUUAAAAUAAAUAAUAUGCUCUACCUGGCUCAUGAUAUCACAGUUGGCAAGGAUUUUAGACUGUUUUUCCAGGUGGUGAUCUGUCUUUGGCUCCUAAGUGCCAUUGGUAGCUACUUCUCUUUCUUCAGUCUAGCCUAUAUAGGAACUAUCUUAUCCAUUACUGUUCCAGCAAUAUACAGCAGAUAUGAAGAACAUGUGGAUAGAUGCUAUGGGUUGAUCCAUAACAAGUUAAGUCAGCAGUAUAAGAUAGUGGAUGAUAAUGUUAUUAGCAGAAUUCCACGGACUUUAGCCAAGGAAAAAGAUACAUAAUGUCUGAUAUUUUUUAUCAAAAGCAAGAAUUAAAACUUAGAUUGAUCAAGAGUGAGUCCAUUUUCAUAAUAGUAGAGCAUUAAUGGAGUGUCGGGAACUAACAUGAAGUUGUUGGAAAUGUUUCUUCACCUUUCAUUAAUGGUAGAUUGGUAUGAAAUUUCAGUGUCUCGUUUAAGUCAUUUGUUGUAAUGUUUCAUCUUCACUGGGCUAGAACUUUGAAAUUUUCCUAGUUUCUUUAUGGAAACUUGAAUGCGUGAAUAAUGUCCGGGUUUUGGGUACAAUUUCAGCGAGGAAGGUGUAAUAAAAAAAGUUGCUUUGGCAACUUGAUGUUGUGUUGCUGGUAACAGGAAUCGUAUUUCUUCCUCUACAGAGCAGGGCUGUCGUUUGAUGUGAUGAUAUUCAGAAAGAUCAUGUAGGACGAUGUUAUCAACUGGGAUUUCUACACGUGUCCAUCAUUAGUAUUUUGUAGUCAUUACAUUUUGG